AUGUCGUCCUUUUCCGCACAGUCCACCAGUGAAGAAGUCUGCCAAGUCCUGGCGGACCACAUUAAAGGGAGCAAAGUCCUAAUUACUGGCGUCACACUUGGCAGUGUAGGUGGCGAGGCAGCUCUUCAAUUGUCCCGGCACCAGCCGGCUCUCCUGGUCCUGGCCGGUCGUAACCUGAGGACCCUCCAGGCCACCGAGAAUGCCAUCAAAGCCGAGACACCAGAUGCAAAUACUCGUCUUCUCAUUCUAGACCUCAGCUCGCAGAAAAGCGUCCGCAUGGCAGCUGCAGAGGUGAACAACUAUCCGGAGCGCAUUGACCAUCUUAUCAACAACGCGGGCAUCAUGGCGGCACCGUACACGACUACUCCAGAGGGAGUGGAACUGCAGUUCGGAACAAACCACAUUGGCCACUUUCUCUUUACCAACCUGCUCUUGGGGAGAAUGACGAGCGGAGAGUCAAAGGUUCGAGUGGUGAAUGUCAGCAGUGCUGGCCAUAAGCGUGGACCUGUCAGGUUCGACGAUGUGAAUUUCGAGAACGGGAAGUGCUAUGACAAAUGGCAAGCAUACGGCCAAAGUAAGACAGCCAAUAUGCUCUUUUCGGUAUCACUGGCGGAGAAAGCAGGGGAGAAAGGGGUGGAGUCAUUCAGUCUCUAUCCUGGACGACGGGAGACUGGCAUUGGAAGACAUUUGAAGCCAGAAGAAUGGGUCAAGGCUGGAUGGAAACAUCAGGAUGGGAGCAUCAACGAUGACCCCAAGCUGAACUGGAGAACAGCCAGCCAGGGAGCUGCUACCUUGAUUGUUGCGGCAUAUGAUCCAAGCAUUUCUGACAAAAACGGUUCGUACAUGGUCAAUAACCAAGUAAAUAACGGCGAGGCGGUCGAUUACGCUCUGGACCCGAAAAUUGCGGAAAAGCUGUGGAAGCUGAGCGAGGAGAUCGUUGGCCAGAAAUUCGAAUACUGA